AUGGCACCAAAAGGAAAGAAGGGCAAGAAAGGCGGCGACGACUGGGACGAAGAUCUCGGUGAGGUCGCGGACCCAAUAGUGCAGGCCGAGCAGGAGGCCAAGGCUGAAGAUGCAGCGGAUGACGAAGAGGGAGGCGGUGGAGCCGGAGGACUCAUGGCCGCGCUGAAGAAGAACAAGGAAAAGCGCAAGAAGAAGGGCAAGGCCAUCGAGAACGACUUUGUCGAGGGCGAAGACCCAACUGCGGACGCCGCCGAGGAUGGCGGCCCUACUGCUCUGGAUCUGGCUGCGAAAGCACCGGAGGAGGCUUCCAUCGAGGACGAGUUUGACCUUCCCGGAAAGGGCAAGAAGGGCAAAGGCGCUAAGCCGCAGGGCAAGAAGGCUCCCGGGCCGGCUGAGGACGAUGAGGACGACAAUGAUGGCGGUGGUGUGAAGACGAAGGCUCAAAAGGAAAAGGACAAGAAAGAGCGUGAGAAGCAGCGCAAGAAGGAGCAGGCUGCAGCGAAGAAGAAGACCGCACCAGCAGCACAGCAGAAGAAGGAGGAGGUCGUUGUCGACGAGCCUGCCGCUCCGGUCGCCGCACCUGAGCCCGCCGGGGGCAAGAAGCCGAAGAAACUUACCGGUGCUCUCGCAGCUUUGCAGAAGCAGCAAGAGGAGUUGCGCCGUAGGCAGGAGGAAGAGCAAAGAGAGCGUGAGGAGGCCGCCAGAAAGGAGGAGGAAGAGAGGCAAAAGGAUGAGGAGGAAGAAAAGCGCGCUGCGGAGGCCAGAGCUGCGAAGAAGGCGAAAGAGAAGGCCAAGGUCGAGCAAAUGAAGCGUGAAGGCACAUACAAGACCGAGAAGCAGCGCAAGGAUGAAGCUAUGCAAAAGCUGCGCUUGCAGCAAAUGUUGGAGUCUGGUGCCAAGGUGGCGGGUAUUGAGGGUGAGGUCGAGGCAAAGAAGCCCGCCAUCAAGGAGCUCCGCAAGAAAAACCCGCGCAAGGAGGCUGAGGAGCGGAAGGCUCAGCAGGCGCGUGAGGAGGAAGAGGCCAGACAGAAGAUGGAGGAGCUGAAACUCAAGGAGGAAGAUGAGAGAAAGGCAGCAAAGGCCGCCGAGAAAGCAAAGAAGGAGGCCGAGAAGCAGGCUGCCAAGGACGCCGAAGACGAAUUGGACGAUUGGGAGGCUAUGGCCGAGAAGGAAGAGGACCAGGGACCCAAGGAUGCCUGGGAUGCGGAGUCUGGAGACGAGGAAGACUCUGCGAAGGCGGAGGUCAACCAGUCCAAGGCAAAAUCGGAGCAGAACGGAAAGGCGGACGAGGACUCGGAAGAGGAUUCAGACGACGAUUCGGACUCAGGCUCGGACUCCGACUCUUCCGAGGAGGCCAUGACAGUCGCACAACGGCAAGCAGCACAACGGAAACAGCAAGCUGCGGAUAGGAGAAAGGCGGAACACGAAGCUGCGAAAGCCGCUGCAUCCAAGGACAACCUUCGAUCACCGAUUUGCUGUAUUCUUGGUCACGUCGAUACCGGAAAGACCAAGCUACUCGACAAGAUUCGCCAGACCAAUGUUCAAGAGGGCGAAGCUGGUGGUAUUACACAGCAAAUCGGUGCCACAUACUUCCCAGUCGAGGCACUGCAGAAGAAGACUGCUGUGGUCAACCAAGAUGGCGCAUUCGAGUUCAAGAUUCCUGGUCUUCUCGUCAUUGACACACCUGGUCACGAGUCUUUCUCCAACCUCAGGUCUCGCGGAAGUGGUCUUUGUAACAUCGCUAUCCUCGUGGUCGACAUUAUGCACGGGCUCGAGCCUCAAACACUGGAAUCGAUGAAACUGCUUCGCGACCGCAAGACCCCUUUCAUUGUCGCUCUGAACAAGAUCGAUCGUCUCUACGGCUGGAAGAUGAUUGCCAACAACGGAUUCCGUGAUUCGCUAUCGCUGCAGAAGAAGAGUGUCCAGGAUGAGUUCAGAGACCGCCUUGAGAAAACGAAGCUCGCGUUCGCUGAGCAUGGAUUCAACUCUGAGCUCUUCUACGAGAACAAGUCCAUGGCCAAGUUUGUCUCGCUGUGUCCUACCUCGGCUCACACCGGUGAAGGUAUUCCAGACAUGCUGAAGCUUCUCACGACCCUGACCCAAGAGCGCAUGUCGGGUCAGCUCAUGUACCUGUCCGAAGUGGAGUGUACUGUCUUGGAAGUCAAGGUCAUCGAAGGUCUGGGUACAACCAUUGAUGUUGUGCUCUCCAACGGUGUCCUCAACGAAGGCGAUCGCAUCGUGCUAUGCGGUACGGAAGGAGCCAUCACAACAGACAUCCGAGCACUUCUCACACCAGCCGAGAUGAAGGAACUUCGUGUGAAGUCGCAGUAUGUGCACAACAAGUCUGUCAAGGCUGCGUUGGGUGUCAAGAUUGCUGCCAACGGUCUCGACAAUGCCAUUGCCGGUUCGCGACUCUUGGUCGUCAAGGAUAAGGAUGAUGAGGAUGAGAUUGAGGAGCUCGAAGAGGAUGUCAUGGGUGACCUGGAGAACCUCAUGAGCCGAAUCGCCAAGUCCGGCCGUGGUGUCACCGUUCAAGCCUCUACUUUGGGUUCCCUUGAGGCUCUUCUCGAGUUCUUGAAGGUUUCCAAAAUCCCCGUCGCAAACAUCUCUAUCGGACCUGUGCACAAGCGUGAUGUCAUUACAGCAUCGACGAUGUUGGAGAAGGCAAAGGAAUACGCCGUAAUGCUCUGCUUCGAUGUCAAGGUCGACAAGGAAGCUAUUGAGUUGGCCGAACAAAUGGGCGUGAAGAUCUUUACCGCUGAAAUCAUCUACCACCUGUUCGAUGACUUCACCAGGCACAUGGCUGCUUUGGCCGCACAAAAGAAGGAGGAGAGCAAAAUGCUUGCUGUCUUCCCCUGUGUGCUCCGACCAGUGGCCGUCUUCAACAAGAAGGACCCAAUCGUCGUUGGUGUGGAUGUCAUCGAAGGCAACCUUCGCAUCAACACGCCCAUCGCUGCUGUCAAGCAAAACUCCGUCACCGGUCUCAAAGAAAUCUUCACCCUCGGCAGAGUCACAUCCAUCGAACGAGAUCACAAGCAGCUACAAAUUUGCAAAAAGGGUGCGCCCAGCGUGGCCAUCAAGAUUGAAGGCUCAAACCAGCCAACCUACGGCCGCCAGAUCGAGGAGAAAGACACGCUUUACUCGCACAUCUCACGCAAGAGUAUUGAUACUCUGAAGGAGUUCUACCGCGAUGAGGUUGAGAAGGACGAGUGGACUCUGAUUGCCAAACAUCUCAAGGGCCUGUUCGACAUCAAUUAGAGGAAGAUCGUGGGCUUGUGU